GAACGCAACGUUUCACGUGACAUCAUCUGACGGCUGACAGGAUGAACACUAACAUGGCGGUGUGCAUAGCUGUGAUCGCGAAAGAGAACUAUCCGCUGUAUAUCCGCAGCGUUCCCACUCAAAAUGAGCUGAAGUUUCACUACACAGUGCACACCUCUCUAGAUGUGGUGGAAGAGAAAAUCUCAGCUGUGGGCAAAGCCUUGGGAGACCAGAGAGAGCUGUACCUGGGUCUGCUCUACCCAACAGAAGACUAUAAAGUAUACGGGUAUGUGACCAACUCCAAAGUGAAAUUUGUAAUUGUUGUGGACUCAUCAAAUACGUCAUUGCGGGAUAAUGAAAUAAGAAGUAUGUUCAGGAAAUUACACAACUCAUUUACUGACGUAAUGUGUAACCCGUUCCACAAUCCUGGGGACACCAUUCAGUCCAAGACCUUCGAUGGGAUAGUUUCUGGAAUGAUGGUGCAAACUGCCUGAUGUCUUUUUUACCCCAUCUGCUGACCAUCUAUUGUACAUAACGCCCUUUUAUUUACUCAUUUCUUUGAUUUUGAAAUGCGCAACUGCAAUAAAAAUUAAGUGUUGGA